AUGUCUUCCUUCCAGCAGACCUUCAAGGCUCUUGAUCCUAGCGUCCUUGCAAUACUAGAUAUUUCGAAUACUGCCCGAUGCUCUAUAUAUUGCAGAGCAGAGAAGGAGGAAACCCACGCAACAUACCAUAAGCCAGCUACUGGCCCAGCACAACGCGAUCCAAAAUGCGAUGAAGGCCUUCUUUUUCAAUGCGCAUCGUUGUUCAAGGUCUUUAUUGCUACCUGUCUCAUUCUGGCAAUCGAUAAGCUAUCGUUGGAUCCAAGCACAACAAACCGGUACCGCAAGCUCAAAGGUGCUUGGAAUGAGCCUUUCACGGUCGUCUUCAAUAAUUUGCUCGGGGCGGACGAUUACAGGAUGAGUCCGCUACCUGGGGAUCCAAGUGUCCAACAGUUGCUCCUUCACUACAAUGGAGUUUACGACAUGAAUCACAUCUUACUCGCUCCCGAUGGAACACCACUGCAAUGUCUUCGCGACGUUGUUGAUAGAAUAUCUCAAUACGCCGAAGAGACUCGCGAACAGGAGGUGGAAGGAGAAAGCUGGAUAAGAUAUUCUAACGCGAACUAUAUUUUGCUAGCCCUGCUCAUCGACAAAGCAUCAGAGUCCCUCAACGACUUCCUAAGGGAGUACAUUUUCAAGCCUUUCGAGAUGGAGCGCACAUUCCUCAACCUCCAAGAUCUAGAUUCGAACUCAAACGAAAGUCAAAGGCAGCCACAUGUAGUAUCCAGCGAUAGACGCCGCCGUAGCUUUAGGCCAGGCACAAUACUUGGCCUGUUCGAUGUGGUCGAGAUUGCUUGGCUUGGUCCAUAUACCUCCGCCGCUGAUCUCGGCCGCUUUUUUGGGGGUUUGCUGUCGGCGAAGGAUGGGAAGCCUAUCGGCUUGGUUGACGAAGCAGUUGUCGAGUCUCUUGGCUCAGGCAUCAGUCGCGUUGAUAAACAUUCGGGAUACACACCGUACGGAUUCUACACUGCUUUGAACUCAACAGGUCCAGGGAGUCACUCUCUCAAUCGACUGAUAUCGCCCGAUAGUAAUCUUAAGGAUCAUGUACUUGGAAAACCAUCCCGCGAUGACGAAAUCAGUGCAUUCUAUUUGGCAGGAUCUGCUACUGGUUGGACCGGCACAGUUUAUUUCAUACCUAGCAAACAUAUAUUCGUCAUCGUACUCACCAACACUUCGGGCCCUCUCGACGCCUCCGAUCUUAUCUCGCGGCUCUGCCUGCAAGAAAUCCUUCUCCUCCGACCUUCGAAGGCUGACAGUUGGGACGUCAGCCAUUACCUACGAAGCCGGAGUAUGAUAGCUCCUGAUGGACGGUAUAGAGCACAUUAUGUCGAAUUAGCCGGUCAAAUAUUCGAGGAAAACGCCCGUAAGGUAAAGGAACUUGAGCAGCGCGACGACCAACCGGACACACCGACUUCUGAUUGUUCUGAUCUACCUGGUAGAUACUUUAGUAGCAGGAAUGGGCAGUAUUUACGCGUUGUUGACUGGAAGGGCGAGGAUAAUGAAAAAGCGGAGGGAGUACUUCGCGUUGUAAUUCAAUCGGGGACAAAGUCGUCUCAGAAAUUGAGGUUUGUCAAGAUGGGUGAGAAGUUCAGGAUAUGCUCACCCGACACUUUCUCCAUCUUAGCAAUUGACUGUUUUGGCGCAUGGAAAAAUCUUGAAUUUGAGGUUGAGCGAGAUGAUGCGGGGGUGAAAUCUCUAUCACGGCAAGGCAUGUAUUUGAAGGAUUUCUUCAUUCGAGAGAGGCCUUAG